UCCAGGGAGGAGAAAUUUGGCAUCUUCACUAGAACAAAGUUUGGCAGUUUGGGAGAAACGCUGCAGGAGCCGGACGCACAGAGCUGAUCUGCAGAUCACUGAGUUCAUCCGGAGCCGGUUGAUGAGUGUGACGAUGGAGUUUGUGUUGAGCAUGAAGGUUGUUCGGGUCAUGGUUCUAAUGAUGAGUCUUCAUCACUUCGGGCUGCUUUCUGCUCAGGAGUGUCCAUCCACCCACGAUCUACUGAACUCACUGCGGCAGGUAGAGAAGAUGUUGGCGCUACACGAGACAUCGUACCAGCAAGGCCUGCAUUCCCUCAGGAAGAAGAUCAACAGCCUGCACAACAGCACCAUGGCCUUCUUUAAAAUGGCGUCCUGCCCUAAGCCUGACCCCCCGGCUAACGGACGCAGACUGGGCAGAGUGUUUGCUAUGGGACACGAGGUCCACUUCCUCUGUAAGCCCGGCUACGAGUUGAUAGGCCCACGAACCCGCGUGUGUCUGGACUCUCUGAAGUGGAGUGGACAACAGCCCAUGUGCAGAAGACUUAACAGCACCGCCAACUCCUUGGCUUCCUUCUCUUCAGCUGUGUCCUCCUUCGCCGCCUUAUCUGCCUCCUCCACAGCAGCCUCAUCUUCUUCGGCUUCAUCCCCGACACCCUCCUCGCUCUCCUCCUCCAUCCGGCCUUCCAACUGCACACAUUUCCUGGGCUCGACUCACUGCACGUGUGACGUUGGUUUCACCAUAUCAGGCCGAGACAAUAACAUCUGCACAGAUAUCGACGAGUGUCAUCUUUUCCCCCUGGCGCAGCCUGGCCGUCUCUGCAUCCAUCAGUGUGUGAACACACCCGGAAGCUUCCACUGUGUUUGCCCGCCCGGCUACAGCUUGUCCAGAGACGGCCGCAGCUGCACAGACGUCGACGAGUGUGAAAACCUUUCGCACAACUGCACAGCAGACCGGCUGUGUGUGAACACGUUUGGAGGUUUCCAGUGCGUGACGGUGAAGUGUCCCAAGACAAAAAACGUCACAUACAUCAAGACGUCUCCCAUGCGCUGUGAGAGGAAUCCGUGUAUGUUGGGGGACAGAGCGUGCACGCAAGCUCCAAACUCCAUCUCCUUCCACUUUCUCGCUGUGGUGUCCAACAUGUCCGCCCCUCGCGUCCUCUUCCGGGUGUCGGCAGCCCGCGUGCUGGGAGACACGCUGCGGUUCGGCCUGGCCGGCAGCCAUGGUCGCGGCCACUUCAGUGUGCAGCGCUCGGGUCGGCAGACCGGGACUCUCCUCCUGGUGACGUCCAUCAACGGGCCGGCCACGCUGGAGGCCGAGGUGGAGAUGAGUGAGCUGGAGAACAACGCCCUGCUAGGCCGCUACCUCACCAAGGUCACCCUGUUUGUGUCCCCGUACAUGUUCUAGCAGGGAGGACAAGCGAGAGGAGUCCGUGGACCAUUAACCAUUCAGUGGAUACCAUAAGAGUUUGGUGUGAUACUGAGACCUGGAUUUUCAGAGACAUCAUCUUUUUGUUCGUUUGUCAAUGUAGUAGUUAGAAAAGUUGUAGUAUUAGCUGGUGACCUCGCAGCACUUUUUUUUUUAUUAUUAUCUGUGUUUGUUGACUCAGCAUGACCACUUAGCUAUGAACAUGUGUAGUCGUUCAUUCUACAUAUAGACUUAGUGAACCUUUUCUACAGCUUUAAACACGCUCUCAUUUAAAGAGGGACAACAAUAUUUGUUUCUUUCUUCACACAGACUAAUAUUGCUAUAGAUGUUGCCUGGUAAAUCCUGGUGAAAAUGUUUGGAACAGUCAAUUGUUCUGAAGGAUCUUUCUUGGUUUAACACACCCUGAUAAAAUAAAUGGAUCAUUAAGCCGACCUCUGCCAAACAUAAUGACCUGGUGAGGAUGUAACUCAGCUUCACCAUUUGGAUCAACUGCGUCGGUGCAAGACAUUCGGUUUUCACCAAGCCUUAAGAAGAGGUUUCAGAAACCACUGGGUUUAAAAACGUGCAACUUAAUCGGCUCACACAUGAACCACCACAAAAUGGUUAUUUUAUUAGGUCAACCAAGCUACAGUUAAUGAUUAAUGCUUACUUGUGAAGUUUUGUGUUGGUUUCUUUUGAAAAUGGUUCUGAAAUCUAACAACAUGAGCAGAAAUGGCUGAAACAGAACGCAAGUCUUACUCUGUGUUUUUGUUUGAAGCAAAGGCUGCUGACCCCCCUUUCCUCUGGCUCUGCCUCCAGCGCCUCAACAGACUCGAGAGGUUUUACAUUUGAUCACACAGACGGCUAAGAAAAAAGAAACCAAGUGUGCAGUAAAAACAAUUCAUAUUUAAAAUGACAAAUACUGCCUGAUGGAUAAUAUGAGCUAACAUUCAGCAAAACCCAGUAAGCAUUUAUAAAUGUGCAUGUUCUUGUAAAGCGCUGAUGUAUUGCAGCUCGUUCAAUUCAGGUUGAUCCUCCAACCAGAGUUUAUAUACACAGUAUAUAUAAAAUCAUCCUGGUCAGAAGAAAGGUUCUGUUCCUACUAGUGUGGAUUUCUUUUCUCUCAUUUUAAGGGAAUUUAUAACAUUGUGGAUUUGUGUUUAUCUGUUCAUUGGUCUGUAACUGAUGUAGCGUAUAAAGGAAGAGAGUAACCAUGUUUACGCUCCUUCUCUGCUUAUAGAGGUUUAUCUUCAGACAUGGUCACAGCUCCCAAGUUGAAAUAAAAAGUGGACAAAAAAAAUUUUUUUUUAGAAAAAGACUCUUUUCAAACUUGAUCAUUUUUCAUGGCUCCUGCUCUCCGACACUCCAUGACGACAGCCAGCCACACGUGCAGAAUCUGACUUUAAACAGGAAGGUCGGCACAACUUUUACACUUGUAAUCAAUUCACACGCGUGUAAUGCUCACUAACGCCAUGUACUUUUUUUUUUUUCUUUGUACAAGCAGAAAAAAAAAAAAAAAAAAAGUAGAGGUGGUCCUAGCCUGUUUGGCGCUCUGGGCGAACCCCUCCACCCUCCUCAGAUAUUUUAGGAAGGAGGUCAGAGUGUUGCUGAAUGUGUUCACCAUCAAGUGAAAAUUCCUCCAGUGAAGGAUUUCACAGUUGAUGGAUUGUCAAUAAAUCAAGAUUGAAAAGAUGACCCUCAUCCACCCAUCUCAUGUUUCAGUGAUGCUGGCUGCAUUUAUAAGAGCAGGAAAGAAUAAAUGAAGGUUUAUUUCAGCCUCAUACUGAAACUUUUACUGAAAUUAUGACCUAAAGUAUUUAUGUUGUCUUUUUGUACAUGCAUGCAUGUUUGCUGCUCUGAAAGCAGAACAAACAUGUUGUCAUGUACCGUCUCUAUCAUUUCCAGGAUUCAUUGCUUAUCCAUUCCCUUUUUUACGGGUGAAGUAAAGGGUUAAGAGAUAACUUGUACGUUUGUGCUGUGAAAACUGGGAUGUUUUGGCAUGUUGGAUAGAAGAAUUUUACACUGAUUUGUCAGGCAGCCAGGGGCCUCCACUGACCUGACAGAACACACACAUGAAAACACACAACUCAGAUGAACACCAAUCCUCACACACAGAACCUCGUGCAACAAACCAGGCCGCACUCCACAGUGGUCCUUACAGUUAGUCUGAGAGCCAGCAGAGAGAACAGCAGAACUGCGGCAGCUAAACGUGCACAGGUUCAGAAGAAUUCAUUUAAGAUCUAGAUUUUAUUUCUGCCACCAUCUGUUUGGGCAGCAGGAUCAGAGACAGAAGAGGCUCAACAGCCUGAUAAACCUGAGUGCUGGUUCUGUUCUGGGGACUAACUACCUCUGGAGAUUACAGUGCAAAGAAUAAAAUAAAAUACAAUAAUAAUAAUAAAAAAAAAAAGAACAUGUGCCGUCAUAACAUACAGUCUUCAGUUGGACACUACAGAGCCGCUGUAACACAGUCCUUUACAGGAGAUCCUUUCUGCCAACAGCCAUCAGAAUAUACAGCUCUGGAAAAAUAUUAAGAGACUGCUGCAAAAUGAUCCGUUUCUCAAAUUUGAAUUUUUAGACGUUCAUGUUUGAGUAAAAUGAAUAUUGUUCUUUUAUUCUAUGAACUACUGACACGUCUCUGAAAAUCCAAGCAGAAAUGUUGCAUUUGCAGAAAAUGAGAAAUGGUCAAAAAGAAUGAAAAGGAUCCAGUGCUUUCAGUUCAUAUUCAUUUACAAACACCAAUACUAAUGUUCCAACUCAGCAAGAGUUCAGAAAUCAAUAUUUGGUGGAAUAACCAUGAUGAGGUUUAUUGUUGUCAUCAUGGGGUUCAGUGCAGUGCUCUUCAUUUUUUUCUAGAGCUGAAUAUAUAUAUAUUUUAUUUUGGGUUUUAACAAUUUAGUUUCCACUUGUAAUUUCCCUUAUUAGUUGACUUACUAGCUUAUGAGUGUAAGUAUUUUUUUUUUUAAAUAUAAUUUGGAGAGAAAUUGUCUGUUUAUUCUUAAUUUUGUGCAGAACUUUGAGAACAUCAGUGUGUGAAUUCACCCGAUUACCUCACCAGUCACACUAAGCAUAUAGCACAAAUAUAACUACAUUUUCAAUAAACUGGGAACAUUUCCUUUGUUGCAAUCAGUAUUUAUAACAGAUCCACAUGGUGUUGUGAAAUGCAAGUACAUACAGCAAAAAUUACAUCCUGUGUGCUUGACUGCAAAGACGGUUCUGAGAAAACACCGGGACGACAGAAUAGAAACCUUGCACACUUUAUUAUUAAUAAGAAACUGUCCAUAGUUUUCUGUACAGAGCAACAAAAGGAGACAAAAACAGUGAAGAACGAGAAGUUCCAUGAGUCCAAACAGAAACCAUGUAUUCAAUCACAAACUUAAAAGACUUUCCAUCACCUCUCUGAAUCAUAAAACAGACGACCAAACCGCCUGCACAGUUCAAAACACCGGGCAAUAAUUAACACACGAUGUGGACAUCGUCCAUCUCGGACCAACCCUGUCAUUUGAUGGGAGAUGCAGGGACGUUUUAGGCACAACUUUGAUUUAAAAAAAAAAAAUAAAAAAAAAAAAAUAAGAAAAGAC